AUGAAAAGAACAACAAAACCAGAGAAAGGUAAACAAGAAGAAAUGAAUAAACUAAAUAAAUUAAAAGAAGAAGUAAGUAAAAGUGAAAAUGAUAUAAAAAUGAAGAAAGCAGAAUGUGUAAGAAUAAUGACUGAUUAUGAUAUUGAAUUAAAAUUUCUUAAUGCAAAAAUACAGUAUCAAAUUGGUACAGAUCAAAAUGAAUUACAAAUGUUAAACGAUAAAAUAAGAGAAUACAAAGAACAAAUUAAACAAUUAAACGAACAAAUAAAUAAAUUAAAUGAUAAUGCAUUAUCUCCUUCUUUUAUUCAAUUAAAAGAAGAUGAAGCUGAAUUACAUAAAGAAAUAGAAAAACUCAAAAAAGAAAAAUCAGAAAAAGAGCUUCAAAAAAAAGAAAAUAAAAUGUUAUUAAGAGAAAUUGAUGGAAAAUAUGAAAUUGUUGAAAAUGAAAAAUUUAAAAUAUCUCAAGAAAUUCAAAAUACUAAACAAUGUGUAAUGAAACUUGAAAAUCUUAAAUUUAUUCAUUUCACUGUAUAUGGAACAGUUGCUGUAUUUGGAAAUCAAUACAUUGAUUUUGCUGAUGAAAAUAAUAUUGUAUUAAAUGGUGUUAAUGAUGAUUCUGGAACAUACUGUUCAUUAUUCCUUGGUAUUGUUUAUUUUUCACAAUCAUUCUGUUUUUGGGUAUUAGGACAAUUCUCUUAUUGGCAAUAUAAACAAACUCUUAAUAUCAUUGUUCAAAUCUUUAUUGGAGCAAUUUGUCUUGCAUUAAUUUAUUUACGAAAUGGAUGGGUAUUAUGUGUUUUAGCAAUUCCAAUUGGUAUUAUUUCUGGAUACGACUUACAAUCAAAUGUUUUAUAUUCAAUCAAUGCAGGUCCUAAAAUUAAAGGUGUUAUUCUCGGUAUGAGUGAGUGUGUUGGUGAAUUAACAUGUUGUCUUUGUCCAUUGUUUGCUGGUUUGAUUGCCACACAAACAGAUGAUAGAAAAUGGGCAUUAUGGUUUGGAUUGAUAUUACAAUGUGUUGGAAUUGUGUUAUGCAUCAUUACACAAGCCAUAACCAUCAUUCUUGAACGAUUUGACAAACAAAAAGAAAGUGAUGAAAUUGAAUUAGGUAAUAAUGAAUAUCAAGAACCUACUCCAAUUGAAGAUGUAGAUGUUGAUACUAAUUUAGUUCAUCAAAUUGAAAUAGAAGAUGGAAAUGUUUCUGAGUCUUCAGAACUAGACAAAGAAGAAGAUACUGAUGAAAAGAGUCCUGAAGAAAAUGAAAGUGUUCAACCCACUGGUACUCCAGAACAAAAACCUUCUAACGAAUAA